GGAGAACUUCCCUGCCAAGGGUGGCCCGCUGGGUCUGGGGCUGCUGCCCAAGUGCCCCACCAUGCCGGCUGAGGCCUUCAUGGCGGCAGUCACCGCGCUGUCACGACCCACCAGUCAGGAACUGCGGGCGCGGAUGGCGAGCAAGGGAACCGUGGCGGCGGGGACAGCUGCGGCAGUGGGAGAGGAAGAGGGUGCAGAGCGAGGCCGGGAAGAAGGAGCGGAGGAGGGGACGAGGAGGAGUCGGGAUGGAAGAGGAGGAUUUGGAGAGGGAGAAGCGGGGCCAGGGGAGGGUCUGCUUGACGGAGUACGUGUGGCGACGCUAGCGGCAGUGUCGGGACUGGACGACGACGACGUGAGGCUGCGGAUCCUCGUUCGCAAAGCCAAGACAUGGACCGGCCGCGUCGCAGAGACCUGGGAGCUGCUGCCUGAAUACCCAGCGCAACUGCUACUGCCGCCACUACAGCCCGAGCCUGCCGUUCUGCUGGACCAGCAGCAGGCGCAGGCCCCAUCGCCCCAACCGGGAGAAAGCUACCUUGCACCUCCCCAGCCGCCGGAGGCGGUACAAGGCGGCGGUACGGCAGCGGUGCCGCUGUUCUCCCGCCUCCUGCCCCGUCGCCGUACGUUAGG